UUGCAGCUACAGUGUAUAAACGAGCCCAUAGUUUUGGGGAGCGUGCUAGAAUACUGACGAAAAAAGGGAGUUGGUCUCAUUGCAGGAGGGAGGAGUGCAAUAGCUCAGGCUCCUCAGUAAACAGAACGCCAGUCAGACAUGAGAUAAUGCAGGAGGUAGGAAUAGAGCAGCAUGGAGACUAGGGACAGAAGAUAUCUAAGAUGACAGCGUUGGGGGAUUGUUUAUUGUUAAAACACAAACACAGCAGGCAUGAGCAGAUGAUAAACGAAGCAUAUUCACUAUUCAGAAUAAUAAUAUAACAAAUAUCCCAGAUUGCAACCACGGUCCCGGUUUUCACUCGUGGUGUACUCUGAUAGUAAAGAAGAAUACAGCGAAUGUUUUUUUCACCUGGGACUCUGCUUCUUAUUAGAACGUUACUUUUUAUUAAAUAAGUUGCUGAAGGCUGCGUUCGGCGAUGUCUUUCACAGUCGUACCGGAGACAAGGAAGUUCACAAGGGGUCUCGGCAAACCGGGAACCGCGGCCGAGCUCCGGCAGAGCGUCUCUGAGGUUGUCAGGACGUCCGUGCUCAUAGCAAAACCGAAAGUAAUUGAGCCAAUAGACUACGAGAAUGUCCUUGUUCAGAGGAAGACCCAAAUCCUCAGUGAUUCCUUGCGGGACAUGCUUCAGUUUCCCCUUGAGGAUUUCUAUAUAUCGACGCUGAGACGCCAAGGCAGGACGCUGUAUUCUACGGUGCCUGAAAAUGCAGAGAAAGAAGCUCAGAGUCUCUUUGUGCAAGAGUGCAUCAAGACCUACAACUCUGACUGGCACGUUGUUCAUUAUAAAUAUGAAGAUUACUCUGGAGAUUUCCGACAGCUUCCAAAUAAGGUGACCAGACCAGAAAAACUGCCAGUCCAUUUGUUUGAGGUAGAUGAAGAUGUAGAUAAGGAUGAGGAUACAGCCUCUCUAGGCUCCCAGAAGGGUGGGGUAACAAAACAUGGAUGGCUUUACAAAGGCAACAUGAACAGCGCAAUCAGUGUGACCAUGAGGUCUUUCAAAAGAAGAUACUUUCACCUAACACAGCUUGGAGAUGGCUCCUACAACCUUAAUUUCUACAAAGAUGAAAAGCUGUCCAGAGAACCCAAAGGGUCAAUAUUCUUGGACUCGUGUAUGGGUGUUGUUCAGAGCAACAAAGUGCGUCGUUUUGCCUUUGAGCUGAAGAUGCAAGACAAGAGUAGUUAUCUGUUGGCAGCAGACAGCGAGCUUGAAAUGGAGGAAUGGAUUACAACAUUAAACAAAAUCCUGCAGAGCAAUUUCGAAGCUGCCAUGCAGGAGAAAAGAAAUGGAGACGCCCACGAUGAUGAUGAGCUCAGUAAAGCAGACAGUUCUUCAACUAGCUUGGACAGCUUUCUUCCAGACAUGGCCAAGGGUGCCAGAGAAACCGAAAUUAAAUCAAAAAGUGAAAGCAGAUUGAAGCUGUUUACUUUAGAUCCAGAUACACAGGCUUCUUUUCUGUUUCAGAAACUUGACUUCUCAGGGAUUGAACCAGAUGUAAAGCUUUUCGAAGAAAAAUUUGGGAAGCGUAUUUUGGUGAAGUGCAAUGAUUUGUCAUUUAACCUUCAAAGCUGUGUGGCUGAAAAUGAAGAAGGACCUACGACAAAUGUGCGUAUGAAACAACCAGUGGAACCCUUCUUUGUCACAUUGUCGCUGUUUGACAUCCAAAAAAGUUGCAAGAUCUCAGCAGACUUUCACGUUGAUCUAAACCACCCUUCUGUGAAACAGCUGAUAGCCAAUGCCUCCUCGCAGCAGACGAAUGGUGGAGGCGAGGCCAUAAUGGGGUCCCAGAGGAUGCCUAAUGGUCUUCCAGAGAGCAUGCUGCAGUACACCAAACAGGGAAUUUUCUCAGUGACUUGUCCCCACCCUGAUAUAUUCCUUGUGGCAAGAAUAGAGAAAGUACUUCAAGGGGGGAUCACACAUUGCGCCGAACCAUACAUGAAGAGUUCGGACUCUGCAAAGGCAGCUCAAAAAGUGCUUAAAAAUGCCAAAUUAGCUUGCAGCAGACUGGGGCAAUACAAGAUGCCAUUUGCAUGGGCUGCCAGGCCUUUAUUUAAAGAUGCACAAGGAACUCUGGAUAAGUCGGCCAGGUUUUCAGCAAUUUACAGACAGGACAGCAAUAAGCUAUCGAAUGAAGACUUGCUGAAGUUGCUGGCAGAUUUUAGAAAGCCAGAAAAGAUGUCCAAACUCCCUAUUAUUUUAGGAAAUCUAGAUGUCGCCAUCGACAACGUUGCACCAGAUUUAACAAAUUGUGUUACCUCAUCAUACAUUCCUGUCAAGCAGUUUGAGAACAAUGGCAAGACAAAUAUCCUGUUUGAAGUGGAGGAGUUUAUUCCAUGCAUACCAAAAUACUCCCAGCCUUUCACCAUUUACAACAAUCACCUCUAUGUUUACCCAAAGCAUUUGAAGUACGACAGCCAGAAAUCAUUUGCAAAGGCUAGAAACAUUGCCGUUUGCAUAGAGUUCAGAGAUUCUGAUGACGAAGAUGCACAACCUGUGAAGUGUAUUUAUGGAAGACCUGGAGGACCUAUGUUUACGAAAAAUGCUUUUGCUGCAGUUUUACAUCACCAGCAAAACCCAGAAUUUUACGAUGAGAUUAAAAUAGAGCUACCAACUCAGCUCAAUGAAAAGCACCAUUUGUUGUUCACAUUCUACCACGUCGCCUGCGACAGUACCAGCAAAGGAAGCACCAAAAAGAAAGAACAGAUUGAGACACAAGUGGGAUACGCUUGGCUUCCCCUACUGAAGGAUGGCAGAGUGAUCAUGAACGAGCAGCAGAUUCCUGUAUCAGCUAAUCUGCCAGCGGGCUACCUCAACUACCAGGAGAUAGGGAUGGGGAAGCAUUCCGGUCCUGAAAUCAUCAAAUGGGUUGAUGGAGGCAAGCCUUUGUUCAAGAUCGCAACACACCUUGUAUCCACAGUGUACACUCAGGACCAGCACCUGCACAAUUUUUUCCAGCACUGUCAGAUCGCAGAGUCUGCAGCUCAGGCUCCAGGAGGGGACCUGGUCAAAUAUCUUAAGAGUUUACAUGCAAUGGAGGGCCAUGUGAUGAUCAAAUUCUUGCCAACCGUUCUAAACCAGUUGUUUCGAGUCCUCACAAGGGCAACACAGGAAGAUGUGGCUGUUAACGUCACAAGAGUAAUUAUUCAUGUUGUCGCCCAGUGCCAUGAGGAAGGAUUAGAGCAUUAUUUACGGUCCUAUGUGAAGUAUGUUUUUAAGACAGAGCCCUACAGUGCUUCCACUUCUAAGACAGUGCAUGAGGAACUGACCAAGGCAAUGACUGUGAUCCUGAAGCCUUCAGCUGAUUUCCUCACAAGUAACAAACUGCUCAAGUAUUCGUGGUUUUUCUUUGAAGCCCUGGUCAAAUCUAUGGCCCAGUAUCUUAUAGAGAGCUGCAAGGUGAAGUUGUCAAGGAACCAGCGAUUUUCUGCUUCUUUCCACCAUACCGUGGAGACCCUGGUUAAUAUGCUGAUGCCUCACAUUUCACACAAGUACAAGGACAAUCUGGAGGCAGCAAGGAAUGCAAACCACAGUCUUGCUGUCUUUGUUAAGCACUGUUUUACAUUUAUGGACAGAGGAUUUGUCUUCAAGCAGAUCAACAACUACAUAAGUUGUUUUAGUCCUGGAGAACCAAAGACGCUCUUUGAAUUCAAGUUUGAGUUUCUGCGCGUGGUGUGUAACCAUGAACACUACAUUCCUCUGAACCUGCCUAUGCCAUUCGGGAAGGGAAGGAUUCAGCGAUUUCAAGCUUUUCUUUCACCAAACGUGGAGUCACAUGAUACUCCAGUAGACCUCCAGCUUGACUACUCCCUAACAGAUGACUUCUGUAGAAACCAUUUCUUGGUGGGCCUGCUCCUAAGGGAGGUGGGGAGUGCUCUUCAAGAGUUCAGAGAGAUUCGGCAGAUCUCAAUCAGUGUGCUCAAGAACCUAAUGGUGAAGCAUGCAUUCGAUGACAGAUAUGCUUCAAAGAGCCAACAGGCUAGAACAGCCACACUGUAUUUGCCACUAUUCAGCUUGCUGCUGGAGAAUGUGCACCGACUCAAUGUGAAGGAUGUCUCCCCUUUCCCAGUGAACCAUUCCAACAAUAACGCAAGAGAUGACUCUCUUCUGGGGAACCCCACGAUGACACCUCAAAAGCCAGGCAACGGCAUGGACAACAGUCUGCACAAGGAUGUGUUUGGUGUCAUCUCAGGCACAGCUUCUCCUCACGCCUCAUCUACUCCGAACAUCAAUUCUGUGCGGCACGCUGACUCCCGGGGCUCUCUAAUUAGUACAGACUCUGGCAACAGCCUACCUGACAAGAACUGCGAUAAGACCAACUCCUUGGAUAAGAACCAGCAGGGUGCGGCGCUAGGAGGCUCUGUUGUUCGCUGUGACAAACUGGAUCAGUCAGAGAUCAAGAGCCUGCUAAUGUGUUUUCUUCAUGUGCUAAAGAGCAUGUCAGAAGAUGCUCUCUUUACAUAUUGGAACAAGGCAUCGCCAGCAGAGCUUAUGGAUUUUUUCACUUUAACAGAAGUGUGUCUUCAUCAAUUUAGAUACAUGGGGAAAAGAUACAUUGCAAGGAACCAGGAGGGGGUGGGACCCAUAGCACAUGAUCGGAAAUCUCAGACUUUGCCUGUGUCCCGUAACAGAGCAGGAAUGAUGCAUGCCAGAUUACAGCAGCUCAGCAGCCUGGAUAACUCUUUCACUUUUAACCACAGCUACAGCCAUUCGGAUGCAGAUGUCCUUCACCAGUCAUUGCUGGAAGCCAACAUUGCCACAGAAGUAUGCUUCACUGUACUGGAUACAUUGAGUAUAUUCACUGUGGUAUUCAAGCCUCAGUUGUGUGCUGACCAUGGUCAUAACCCACUUAUGAAGAAGGUUUUUGACGUCCACUUGUGCUUCCUUCGAAUCAAUCAGUCAGAAAUGGCACUUAAGCAGGUCUUUAUUUCAUUGCGGACAUUUAUUUACAAGUUUCCAUGCACAUUCUUUGAAGGCCGGGCAGACAUGUGCGCUGCCUUUUGCUAUGAGAUCCUCAAGUGCUGUAACUCCAAGCUGAGCUCAAUCCGAAGUGACGCUGCCCACCUCCUCUACUUCCUCAUGAAAAGCAACUUCGACUACACAGGAAGAAAGUCUUUUGUUCGAACGCACCUCCAGGUGGUUAUUGCAGUGAGCCAGUUGAUAGCUGAUGUGAUUGGUAUUGGAGGAACCAGGUUCCAGCACUCUCUGUCCAUCAUUAACAACUGUGCCAACAAUGACAAAACAAUUAAGAACACAGCCUUCCCUUCUGACGUGAAAGACUUGACAAAGCGAAUCCGGACAGUGCUGAUGGCAACGGCCCAAAUGAAAGAACAUGAGAACGACCCAGAGAUGCUGGUGGAUCUGCAGUACAGUCUGGCAAAGUCAUACGCCAGCACCCCCGAGCUGAGGAAGACCUGGCUGGACAGCAUGGCACGAAUUCACGUCAAAAACGGAGACCUGUCUGAGGCAGCGAUGUGUUACGUACAUGUGGCGGCACUUGUGGCCGAGUAUCUUAGAAGAAAAGGCAUGUUUAAACAGGGCUGCUCAGCCUUUCGAGUGAUCACACCCAACAUUGAUGAAGAAGUCUCUAUGAUGGAGGAUGUCGGCAUGCAGGAUGUUCAUUUCAAUGAGGAUGUGCUGAUGGAGUUGCUGGAGCAGUGUGCAGAUGGGCUGUGGAAAGCUGAGCGCUAUGAACUAAUAGCUGAUAUUUACAAGCUCAUCAUCCCCAUCUAUGAGAAACGCAGAGAUUUUGAGAAACUUGCCCACUUGUAUGACACGCUGCACCGUGCUUACAGUAAAGUGACAGAGGUUAUCCACACAGGAAAAAGGCUUUUGGGAACAUACUUCCGAGUUGCCUUUUUUGGGCAGCAGUACCAGUUUACUGACAGUGAGACAGAUGUGGAGGGAUUCUUUGAGGAUGAGGAUGGCAAGGAGUACAUUUAUAAAGAACCCAAAUUCACACCCCUGUCUGAGAUCUCCCAAAGACUGCUUAAACUCUACUCAGACAAGUUUGGCCCAGAGAAUGUCAAAAUAAUCCAAGAUUCUGGGAAGGUUAACCCGAAAGACUUGGAUUCAAAAUUUGCAUACAUUCAAGUCACCCACGUGACUCCUUUCCUUGAAGAGAAAGAGCUGGUUGACAGGAAGACGGAUUUUGAGAAGAGCCACAACAUCCGGCGUUUUGUGUUUGAGAUGCCCUUCACAGGAUCGGGGAAGAAACGAGGCGGUGUGGAAGAGCAGUGCAAAAGGAGGACCAUCCUGACGACUACGCAUUGUUUCCCGUAUGUAAAGAAGAGGAUAGCUGUCAUGUACCAGCACCACACAGAUCUGAACCCCAUUGAGGUGGCUAUCGAUGAAAUGAGUAAGAAGGUGGCAGAGCUGAGGCAGCUGUGUUCCUCUCCUGAUGUUGACAUGAUCAAACUACAGCUGAAGCUCCAGGGUAGUGUGAGUGUGCAGGUAAAUGUCGGCCCAUUGGCGUAUGCAAGAGCUUUCCUAGAUGACGCCAGUAUAAAGAGAUUCCCUGAUAAUAAAGUGAAGCAGCUAAAGGAGGUAUUUAGACAAUUUGUGGAGGCCAGUGGUCAUGGUUUAGGGAUAAAUGAAAGGCUAAUUAAAGAAGAUCAGUUGGAAUAUCAGGAAGAAAUGAAGGCCAACUACAGAGAGAUGGCAAGAGAGCUUUCAGAAAUCAUGCACGAACAGAUUUCUCCCGUUGAAGAUGGGAUGAAGAGCAGCGUGAUGCCGAACUCGCUUCAUAUCUUCAAUGCCAUCAGUGGAACUCCAAGCAGCACCACCGUCCAUGGGAUCCCCAGCAGCUCUUCAGUCGUGUGACAGCAACAUGCAACCUGCAAAGCAGAAAGAGACAUUUCUAUUUAAGAAUUUUUUUUUUUUUUUUAGGUUAUUGCUUGCACACUCAGGAUUUCUCUAAGGCUGAAUAUUGGGCAUGUGCAAGCAGGUAGGUCUGGUGAAACCAAAAAGGUAUUUGGAGCCCAACCUCCUGUGUACCAUGUCUUAAUUAGGAAUAGAGUAUAUGUCUUGUAAAGAGGACCUAAUGGAUAUUUUUAUGCCAGUUUACACAAAUCUAUAUUAUUCUUUACAUAAGUAUUAACAUUAGGUUAAUCAAGUAGGUUUGCUGGACAAGGAGAAGAAGGGUGUAAAAAAGCAACAAAAAAAGGAUAUUUUGAAAGCAUAUUUGAAACUUACUUCUUAUUUGAAAGCUAUUCUGUAUAUUUUACAUAUUAAACUGUAACUGUAUUGUGUUCUUGUGUAGUGUUUCCUGUGGAGACUUCAGAAUGUGGAUUUUAAGCAACAAGAACACUUUAUGCAUGUAAUUAGUCACCUUGUUCUAGCAUAUUGGGAAAUUAUUUUGUAUUAAUGGGCCUAAAAAUCUUGUCCAUACUUUUUGUAUGUAUCCAAGUGUAUUAAACAUGUCUGCUCUAGAAUUGGAUAGUUAGCUUUGGAGGAUGUAUUAAUGAACAUUUAUUGCACAAUGUGUAUUGGUCUUUACGUAAUGUUCAUUGGUACGUUCCAAACUUAACGUACAUGAAGAUGAAUUAUAUUUCUACAUAAAAAGUUGUCCUAUUUUAAAGUAUCUUCCCAUACAAGUUUGUCUUCUGCUUUAAACACUAAUUGUCUUAAGACACAUGUAUAACAUGCUAGAUCAAAAGCUGUGUUUAUUCUUGUAUAUAAACAAGUGCAAUAUUCAUCUUUUAGCAAGGUGUCUUUGCAAUAUUUGGUUCACACACUGUAAUGAUAACGUUCCUCCUUUUGCCAAAGUGAUGGAGUAUGUAACCAGUGACAGUGCAUACUGUGGAAAUGGUUGUUGUAAUUUAAAGCUUUUACCAUUUAAAUGUACUUUUAAAACCAUUAAUUAAAUAAUUUUAUAUUUGGGAAGUAAGGUUUUUUUUUUUUUUAAUUAUUAUUUAACUGAAAAGAACUGUUUUACUGUAUUUAAAUUAUAAUGUUCCCUAAUGCAUUUAUUUUAAUUAAAUCACUAAUUUCUCUGGA